AUGCCCUGGGCUCCCGCCGUCGCCCCUGGGGCCCCGUGCCUCCGGAGCGAAUGGCACGAGGGCGGCGGCCGUGGGUACCGCUCUCCGCGAAAGAGAUCAGCACUAUCUUUGCUGCGGGGCCGGCAGGAUAACAGUCCUGGAGCGCGAACAAGUGCCGAGCCCGAGCUUCCCUCCGCGGCAGAGCAGCACUUUCGCUUAACUUCUGCUCACUGCGCCCUCGGUCCUCUGCCGUCCGUGCCGCCGGACACCAAGCUGUCCAAGCUGGACGUGCUGCUGCUGGCCACCACCUACAUCGCUCACCUCACCCGCAGCCUGCAGGACGACGCCGAGGCGCCGGCGGAUCCCGGGCUGGGCGCCCUGCGUGGCGACGGCUACCUGCACCCUGUCAAGAAAUGGCCCAUGCGAUCAAGAUUAUACAUCGGUGCUACCGGUCAGUUUCUGAAGCAUUCUGUCUCUGGAGAAAAAGCAAAUGAUGGCAAUAUGCCAGCAGACUCACAGCCUUAGGCUGUCCCCUGAUGGGUGCUGAAAGAAAGUGGUGUCUAUUGUUUUUAAAUAGUAUGAAAUAAUUCUGUAUUUAUUACAUCAGACAUAACAAACAUCAUUUCUGAAAGUUUACAUAUGAAUCCAUAGUUGAGUUUUCAGAUUUAUCUGUCUAAUCUAAAUAAAUGAGAAAUGAAAUGGUCUUGUAUAAAACACAGCUUAUCUAUUCAGUCUGAGACGUAGUCACUACUACAUAAUGCAGGAGAAACUAUUGGAAAAAAGGAAAGACACACAAAAGCAAAAAACUGUAUAUAUAUAUAUAUCCAGAUAAUGCAUACACUCUGUAGUGUAUUUAUUACAAACUGAAAAGCUGGUAUCUAUUGAUAGUCUUUCUAGUUCACAAAAAUAAAAGCUGUAUUUGUAAUAUACCAGUAUUUCAUUUUUGUAAAAAUCAGUCCAUGCUUAAAGUUGGUCUAAGAAGCUAUUUCAGUUGGAAGGUGUGACAUCAUUUAUUCAGUUUCAGCUGAGUAUGUGUGAAAAGACUGCUGAGGUAAUGUGAUGAUGCAGUAACUUCUAUAUCUAGCUAUUGUUCCCUCUUAGAAAACUUGUUAGGAAUAUUAAAAAUUGUUCGCUU